AUGUUCCUCCUGGAGUGCUGCAAGGAUACGCUGGAGUUGCUGGAAGUAAUCAAUAUGGAGAUGGCCAUCCAGCACUUGUGUUUCCCUCCGCGUGUCCAAUGGCAGCGCUUGUCGGUGCUCAGGCUCCCGGGGUUCCCCAUGGCACUUGAUGCCCGAGAUCUGCAGGCAGCGUUCCCGAACUUGCAACACCUGAGCAUGCCGUCCCCGCGUAUGAGGAUCGAUGGCUAUCGCCCCCAACAAGGCACGGACGCCGGUGCGUGGACUGCCCUCAGCUCAUAUACGGGACACUUGGGGUAUCUCCUGGCUCUCGGCGGCGGCUGUCGAGUAUCUCGUCUUUUCCCGUGCGAAGAGUUCUCUCAGUGGGAGGAAUGGGCGUUUGCUCCGGCUCUCCGGGCUGCGCGCCCGAGGUACAUCGCACUGUCCCUCCAAGACCACCGCUUUGCGCCACUGUGUGAACCAGCACUUUGGGCAGCUGCGCCCGAGCUUGAGUACAUGGCCUUAGACUUUGGGAACUCCGGAAACCCUGCUGAGCUGAAUGGGGCGCUUGCAGGGCUGUGUAUCGCGCUGCGGGGCACGCAAAUCACAUACAUGUCUCUUCGAUUCCCUAGCCCUACAUACCACACCAACGAUGACCUCCUGCACAGCGUGAUGACAAGCAUUCGCUACGCUGUCGGCAUGGGUCUGUCAUCGCUCAGGUAUGUAGAAGUCGACAUCCACUAUGGUCAUCACCAAGUCCAGGGCGUGCAUCAGCUGCUUGCCAUACGCCCGCCUGGGGGCAUCGCCACGGGAGUCAGGACGCGUGAUGAUAUUGUCUUUGAGAGCCUCGACGUGUCCCGCGCACGCUCUCUGAAGGAAGUGCUUGCUCGGUGA